CGGCUCGUUUGGUUCUGCUCAAAUUUCUAAGAGCAAAAAUAAAGUUUCAUGAAAAAUCUGUGAUCUAAUUGUACUAUUCAUCUGCCACACGACAAGUUUCAUACCAGAAACAAAUAUUUUUAAAGGAUUUGACGACGUGAUCUGUUUGGCUUCUUUUAUUUUGACAGUCUACUCCGGAAGUGAGUGUGCGUAGCGACGAACUUGAUGCCAGUCUGCUGUCGACAACCUGAACGGACACGGUCUUCCGAUCUGCCAGCGUCUCCAUCCUGAGGAUUUUCGCUAAAUUAACGGAAUUUUUCGGUUCUGGAGAACCAGUGGAGGCGGCAUCCAUCAUGGUGUUCAGAGUUCGGUCUGCUGGACGGUUCGGUUGGUGAAAAAGUUAAAGAACCAACAAGCCCUCCAGGUGGAGCCGUGUCCCCCUCAGAUGUGUCGUGUGACCCCCGCUGACCUCCAGCUGAUGCAGCAGGAAGCUGCGUGUGUGGCGGCGCGGCGCUGGGCGCAGCAGGAGGGAUGACAUGGAGAGCGGAGAGACGCGCGCGCAGCUGGAGACGCCAUCUUUACUCUCUUCUUCCCUCUAGAAGCUCUCAGGACGUUGCAGGAACGUAUUUUUCUACCGUUUUCUACCCAGAGCUGAUUUUUGCUACGAGCUGUGAAGCCAUAUUGGACCGGCGUCAGGAUGAGCUCCGAGGGCUUCCAGUACCGGGCGCUGUACGACUACAAGAAGGAGCGGGAGGAGGACAUCGACCUGCGCGUGGGGGACAUGCUGCUGGUCAGCAGGGGGGCGCUGCUGGCGCUGGGCUGCGGCAGCGGAGACGAGGAGCGGCCGUCUGAGAUCGGCUGGCUGCCGGGCUUCAACGAGACCACGCAGGAGAAAGGCGACUUCCCAGGAACGUAUGUGGAGUUCGUCGGCAGGAAGAGGAUGUCCCCGCCCACUCCGAAGCCCCGCCCACCCAGACCGCCAUCCGCCGCGUCCGUGAGGACCGACUCAGAGUCAGAGGGUUUGGUUCUGCCGGACCUGCCAGAGCAGUUCGGACCUCCAGACACGGCGCCGCCGCUCCUCAGCAGACUGAUGGAGCUCAUAGAGACCAAAGGUUCCGACAGCCCGGUUCUGUACCGCAGCAUGAGUGGAGGAGUUCUGGACACCCGGCAGCUGGCCGACACCGAGCCGGAGCAGCUGGACGUGCCGUCUCUGUGUGACGGGGUGGUCCGGUUCCUGCAGGACCUGCCCGGUCCGGUCCUGCCCGCCUCGCUGCAGGCCGACAUGAGCCAUGCCGUCCAAGAGGUCCGGGACCCGGAGGAGUGCGCCCAGGUUCUGCGGGGCGUGGCGAGCUCGCCGACCUGCCCGGCCCAGUUCGGGCUGACCCUGCUCAGCGUGGUCCGGCACCUGGCCCGGCUCUGUCUGCACGGCUCCAGGAACCAGCUGAGCCCGCGGGUUCUGGCCGAGAACUUCAGCCCGCUUCUGUUCAGGCAGCCCCCUGGGUCUGAUUCCACUCUGGAUCCUCUGGUUCAGGUUCUGGAGGUUCUGAUCACCAGCGAACUCAACAUGACCCAAGCAGCACCAGGUAGCUCCACCUCCUCCUGGUUCUGGUUCUGGUCCGACUCACACUAAUCACUAUAAUCUGGGUUUCAUUCAGCAUCUUUUUCUCUUUCUUAUUUCAUAAACAAAGUUAAAGCAGUUUAUCUGUGGGAGGCGUCGCCCCCUGGCGGCAGCUGGCGGUACUGCAGCUCAGAAACAAACAUGGCCGCUGAACGUCUUCUCCUCUGGAUGUUCGGUUUAAACUUUGUUAAAGGCUGAAGGGAGGAGCUGCUUCAGGUUAGAGGAGGAUAAACUCAGGAAGUGGACUCAAGGGAAGGUUCUGGUUCUGGUUCUGAAGCCUGGCAGCACGGCGCCGUUACACAAACAUCCAUUAAACUGAUGAUCAACUGUU